AUGGCUGAAACACUCCUUUCAAUUGUCUUGGAGCAGUUGGCUUCGGUGGCUCGACAGCGGAUUGAACAAGAAGUAAGACUGAUGGUGGGUGUUAAGAAAGAAGUUCCACACCUCACAGAGGUGCUCCAGACCAUUAGAGCCGUUGUUGCAGACGCGGAGAAACGACAAGUGACGGAAGAGCGUGUAAAAGUUUGGUUGGAGAGGCUCAAGGACAUGGCCUACCAAAUGGAGGACGUGGUGGAUGAGUGGAGCACUGCUAUUCUCAAAUUACAGAUUGAGAGAGUUGAAAAUGCUGCCAUGCCUAAGAAAAAGGUAAGCUCCUGCUGCAUUAUUCCCUCUCCUUUAAUUUGUUUCAAGCAAGUUGCUUCCCGUCGUCACAUCGCUCUUAAGAUUAAGGACAUAAAGGAACGACUAGAUGAUAUGGAAAGGGAGAGAAUUACAUUUAAUUUUGUCUCUAGUUGGAGUGAGGAACGACCACAGCGACUUAUAACUACCUCUGCAAUUGAUAUUUCAGAGGUGUACGGUCGGGAUAUGGAUAAAAACACCAUAUUAUACCAUCUGUUGGGUAACAAGUGUCAAGAGAAAUCUGGCCUCUACAUAGUCUCCAUAGUUGGGACUGGAGGCAUGGGCAAAACAACCCUUGCUCAACUAGCCUACAACCACCCAGAGGUGAAGGCCCAUUUUGAUGAAAGAAUAUGGGUCUGUGUCUCUGAUCCUUUUGACCCAAUCAGAGUUUGUAGGGCUAUUGUUGAGGCCCUCCAAAAAGAGUCUUGUAAUCUCCAUGAUUUGGAAGCUUUACAGCAAAAAAUUCAAACUUGUAUUGCUGGAAAGAAGUUCCUUCUUGUGCUAGAUGACGUGUGGACCGAAAACCAUCAAUCGUGGGAACAACUGAAGAACACUCUCACCAGCGGAGCUGUAGGGAGUAGAAUUCUAGUGACCACACGUAAAGAGAGUGUUGUUAAGAUGAUGGGAACUACAUACAUGCAUUCCUUAGGGGAAUUGUCCAGGGAGCAAUCUAGGGCAUUAUUCCAUCAAAUAGCUUUCUUUGAAAAGCGUAGUUGGGAGAAAGAGGAAGAAUUAAAAGAAAUUGGUGAGAAUAUAGCAGACAAAUGCAAGGGCUUGCCCCUCGCUAUAAAAACUUUAGGGAACCUCUUGCGCUUAAAAAAUAGCGAGGAAGAAUGGAAGAACGUAUUGAAUAGUGAAGUAUGGCAGCUGGAUGAGUUUGAGAGAGAUAUUUCCCCUGCUUUGUUGUUGAGUUAUUAUGAUCUGCCCCCUGCAAUUCAACGCUGCUUCUCAUUUUGUGCUGUUUUUCCAAAAGACUCAGAUAUUGAGAGAGAUGAGCUGAUCAAGUUGUGGAUGGCACAAAGCUAUCUCAAAUCUGAUGGGAGUAAAGAGAUGGAGAUGGUUGGGAGAACGUACUUUGAAUAUUUAGCUGCUCGGUCUUUCUUCCAAGAUUUUGAAAAAGAUGAUGAUGGUAAUAUAAUAGGUUGUAAGAUACAUGAUAUAGUGCAUGAUUUUGCUCAAUUUUUGACUCAGAAUGAAUGCUUUGUUGUGGAGGUUGACAACCAAAAAAAGGGGAAUAUGGACUUAUUCUUCCAAAAGAUUCAUCAUGCCACCUUAGUUGUUCGAGAAAGUACCCCUAAUUUCGCCUCCACUUGUAACAUGAAGAAUCUUCACACCCUCUUGGCUAAGGAAGCAUUCAAUAUUUCAAGUGUUCUUGAAGCCUUACCAAAUUUGUUAAGGCAUUUGACAUGUCUCAGGGCAUUGGAUUUGAGCAGCAAUCCGUUGAUUGAGGAACUUCCUAAGGAGGUAGGAAAAUUGAUACAUUUAAGAUACCUUAACCUAUCAAAGUGUUAUAGUUUGAGAGAGUUGCCUGAAACAAUUUGUGAUUUAUAUAAUUUGCAAACCUUAAAUAUUCAAGAAUGUCACAUUCUUCAGAAACUACCACAGGCAAUGGGUAAAAUAAUUAAUUUGAGGCAUCUUGAAAAUGAUCGUGCUGAUGAUUUGAAGGGCUUGCCAAAAGGAAUUGGAAGAUUAAGCUCUCUUCAGACACUGGAUGUUUUCAUUGUGAGUAGUCAUGGCAAUGAUGAAUGCCAAAUAAGAGACCUGAGAAACUUGAACAAUCUAAGAGGAGGUCUUUCCAUUGAAGGGUUGGAUGAAGUGAAAGAUGAUGGGGAGGCAGAAAAAGCAGAAUUGAAGAAUAGGGUACACCUCCAACGUUUGGAAUUGAAAUUUGGUAGAGAGGAGGGGACAAAGGGUGUGGUUGAAACUCUACAACCCCAUCCAAACUUGAAAUCUCUACUUAUAUACAAUUAUGGUGAUAGAGAGUGGCCCAAUUAG